GAAGAGUGAAUUAACGGAAACUUCAGCACAUGUACAUGUUACAUUUUUCUUAAUUUUAUUCUCAAAUAAGUUCAAGCAACACGACAUACAGUUUGAUAUCUUACGAAAAAGAACUUAUGCUAGUUCGGCCGUGCCCGGGAGAGCCAAGCGGAGGGACCCAGACAGUGACGGACCUAAACACAAAUGACCAGUUAACUCCAGAGAGAUGAAAACGCGAGGAGCGGGAAAAAAUGGGCACUCAAACGAUUAUUGAGUGUUUCUCCAUGGUGUGGUGACUAAGUUGUCCCUAACAUCACAGUACCCUACACUACAAACAGAAGUAGGAUAUACCCUUCCCACGUUUUAUGGUAAACCAACAUGGAAAAGUUAAAAAAAGACCUCGAAAAUCUUAAAAAUGGGGUCAGUAACAUUUUAGGUUGGGUACACAAUGCAGAAGGUAAAAGAUUGGAUACUUCUGCACUGCCAGACUUUACCUGGGUGAGAAGUGCCACAAAAGAGGCGACAAGUUUCAUGAAAAUACUUGAAAACAAAGGUGGGCCAUGCCGGGACAUAGCCGAAUUGAAGAGCAAGAAAAAGGGCGCUGGGGAAACUUGUCAAGCAAUGCUUGGUGAACCCAGCUUUGAGGAUUUAUUCAAUGACGACUUUUCCGAUGAACUGGACAGAGGAGCAACUGCAACUGUGACAGAAUCAAGACAGGUGUCAUCGAGCACACCAAGUAGUAGAGGAAAACAAAACCUGCAGCAAGUCCACCCUGCUGCCCAAGACAUCAGCGAUGAUUCCGAUGCUACUUAUGAUGGCAAUGUAAGUGAUGGAGGCACUGACUACACUAAAAGCAGCAAAGCAGCAGGAGCGGGCUCCCCUGAGCAUGAACCAUCGUUUGAAGAGGAGAAGAAUUCAAUUUUCCUGCCUUAUCAAAUCCGGCACCCUCAGUUCAACACAGAGAACGCAUUUCGGCAAAGGAGUAUACCCAGAGCAUUGCGAAAUGUUGGGAUUAGUGAUGAUAUAAAUACAACUCCGUCAUCUGUAUCUGCCUUCUCACUGGACCUGACGUGUGAAGAAGAAGAAGAAAUGAAGCAGAUGAUGCAGAGUGUACCAGAUGACCUUGACGGUGAUUUCAAGGACGAAUUCAAGGAUGAUUUUGAUGAUGACUUUGAUGAUGAUAUGAUUGAAAAACUUGAAGCAGCUGAGAAAAGUUUUUCUGAAGACACCAAAGAGCCUGAAGUUGAUGAGAAUGAAGACGAAGCCGAUGAUCAAGGUAACCAGCCAGCUAGCCCCAGAUUUUUGACAGUUCUGAAACAGUACUUUGGAUAUUCCAAGUUCAGACCGAUGCAGUGGAAGAUUAUCAACUCUGUACUGAAUGAGAAGAGAGACAACUGUGUUAUCAUGGCAACAGGAUAUGGCAAAAGUUUGUGCUACCAGUUCCCAUCUGUGUUUACUGGAAAGACCACUGUGGUUAUCUCCCCUUUAAUUUCACUCAUGCAGGACCAGGUGCUGGGUUUACAAGCGGUGAACAUUGAGGCGUGUCUUCUAGGCUCAGCACAAGAAAACAAUGGACGAGUUAAAGAUGAACUUAUGAGAGGGAAGUAUCGUCUGCUUUACAUCACCCCUGAGUUUGCAUCUUCUGCCAGUGGUACUCUGAAGGACUUGAACAACAAAGUUGGUGUAGAUCUUAUUGCCAUAGAUGAAGCUCACUGUGUGUCACAGUGGGGACAUGAUUUCAGGUCAGCGUACAGAUCACUGGGGUCACUCAGAGACGCUCUCCCUCAGGUACCUAUCAUGGCAUUGACGGCCACAGCCACACCUGAGGUGAGGAAGGACAUCUGUCGCUCCCUUAAGCUCUGUCAACCCGUCAUCAGCUGCACAGGCUUUGACAGGCCUAACCUUUAUCUCUCAGCGAGCAACAAAUCAGGAAAUAUAGCUCUAGACCUUCAGUCACACAUGGUUCUACAGGGACAAAAGUACGUGUUUGAUGGCCCUACCAUUAUCUACUGCCCCACCAAGAAGGCUACCAUGGAUGUCACUGCAGUACUUAAAGCACAUGGCGUUGACUGUCUUCCUUAUCAUGCGGGGUUGUCACAGUCUGCCCGUACAAAUGCCCACAAGAAGUUUGUCAAUGACCAGAUACAGGUAGUGGUUGCCACAGUGGCAUUUGGGAUGGGCAUUGACAAGCCUGAUGUAAGGAGGGUCAUCCACUAUGGAGCCCCAAAAGACAUAGAGGUCUUAUUACCAGGAGCUGGUCGCGCCGGUCGUGAUGGAAUGCCAGGACAGUGUCAUGUUUUCUUUGCUCCUAAAGACUUCUACACGGCCAGACAUUUCAUCAAUGAGAUCAAGAGUGAUAAGUUUCGUGAACACAAACAGAAGAUGUUUUCCAAGAUGGAGCAGUACCUGACCAUGCCUGGCUGCAGACGAAGAGCUAUCCUAUCUCACUUUGAAAACAAGGCCAUAACAGACGUAGGUGGGACAGAGAACUGCUGUGACAACUGCAAGAAAAGGAUAGAGUUUGGAAAGCGUCAGAGUUACCACGAGAGUCGAGGUAUCGCCCUGGAGGACCCCGACAAACCAGUGGACUUCACCCAGGAAGCUAAAGAUCUCAUGGCUGCUAUAGAGGUGUUUGGCGGACGUUUUGGCAUCUCUACACCGAUCCUCUUACUGACGGGUUCCAACAGUCAGAAGGUGUCUGGAUUCAGCCGACACAAACUGCAUGGCAAGGGAAGAGGAAAUACGCAGAAGUGGUGGAAAGCAUUAGGUCGCCAGCUGUUGUGCGAAGGUUAUCUAGCAGAGACGCGGAUGGAGAAUGGAUUUGGCUCCACUGUUGAUCUCUCCAGAAAAGGUCGCACCUGGUAUUCUAGGGCUCAGAGUGCAGGGGUCAAACUUGAGCUAGUUCCCAGUCAAGACCUGCGUAAACCGGUGAAAGUCCAGGUGACUUUCUCUGCCAGCACUGUACCAUCCUCCAAGCCUGCUCUGGGUAAUUUCAUGAGUAGCUCUGUGCCAUCCCCGCAGCAAAGUCGCGCCACAGCCCGAGUUACAGCCCCUGUGUAUACCUCAACGCCUAAGCCAGAGGUAGACCCUAAAGUAGCUCAACUACAGAACUCGCUGUACGUGAAACUGGUCAAACAGAGGAAUGAGUUGUCUCAGCAAACUGGCUUCCUUCCACAUUCCCUGGCCAGUAACAAGGUCCUUAUUGACAUGGCCAAAAUCAGACCUGGUAGCCUGGACAGCAUGAAGAAGCUGGAGGACAUGUCGGAAGCGAGAGUGGACAAGUUUGGUCAGCACUUCCUCGACAUCAUCAUCCCCUUCGCGACUGAGCAUGGAAUCAAACUGGAUGACUUCCCGGAGCUUGAUCUGGGCAAGGUGCCUGAAGCCAAUAUGACCUCCCUGGCUGGGCUCGGGGAAUCCCCAAAGCUAACCUACAUCAUGUAUCAUCAGCAUGGCAAGAGUCUGGAGGAGGUGGCAUCUCUGAGGGGGUUAAAGGUUACCACAGUAAUGGGUCACCUUUGUGAGGCGUUAAAGAUCGGCUUACCCCUGGAUUUGGAGAAACUGGGGGUCACGCCCAAAAUACAGCAACAAGUGACAGAGGUGGUGAGGAAUUCUCCUGUCAGUUCAGAUGUGACGACACUGACAAAGAUCAAGGAUCAGUUACCUCUCCACAUUGACUGGCAUCACAUUAAGGCGGUACUGGCCGUGCUGAUCCGCCAAUACGGGAUGACCUGUCUCCCCAGCGGUCAGAAGCUGCUCAACCAGGAACCUCCCAGGGCAAAGGAAAGCAAUGUCUCCUCCAACAACAACAACAACAUUCUAACAGGCAGCCAGGAGCCUUCUACCUCUACUUCGACCAGGUCAAAGAAAGACAACCAACCAGAUUCUAGCAAAACAGUGCAUUCGAGAGGCACACCAAUCCAAUCCAGCCAAUCACAACAUUACUCAGAUAGCCAAUCAGAUUCUCAAGAUUUGAACCAAUCACAGUCUUCUAAACGAAAGUUACCAUCCUGGAUGUCUGGGGGACAACCUCAAAAACUCAGUAAAAAAAUCAAAUCUAACAGUUUGUUUAGAUAACAUCAAUGAAUUCUUUUUUGUUACUUCACAUGUGUAUUUAUUUAUGCAAAACGUCC